UAUAAUAUCGGAUUAUAAAUACCAUAAUCUUUGAUUGAGUGAUGCGAAUGUGUUAAAAACAUGAUCAUCGUGAGGAAAUCAUCAUACAGUGAAUUUCUUAUAUAUAUACACAAAAAUGAAUUUGCGUUUUGGUGUUAACAUGUACACAUAUUUGUCUUUUUAACACGUUCCAUGCUACGUGAGUUACUUGCUAAAUUUUUUGCUCAAGCUGCUUAAGGGGUUAUUACCAGCUUAAUUUUUUUUGGCCAUUUUUUUUUAUUGGCUUAAUUUAUGCUAAAACAUCCUUAGAAUUGAAAUCUACAACGCCCAGGCACUAAUCUAAAUUUAAAAAAUGUUUUAAAUCAAAUUUUCCUGAAGCGCUUGGUACUCUUGCCACAUAUCAGUAUAAGGAUCCGAUGCAUAAAGAUGUGUUUGGUGCAAUCAAACCAAUCUACGAAGAUCUCAGCUCCGACGACCUUCUUUCCCGCUGCUUGGGUGGAUAUACCCAAAACAGUAAUGAGUCGUUUAACGCAGUCGUUUGGUCGAUUGCUCCAAAAACGGUGUCCAGCAAUAAACCGAUUCUUGGCAUUGCGACUGACAUAGCUGUCAUUACAUUUAAUAAUGUCUUGUCAAGUCUGUUUGCCGUCUACGAUGCCCUUGGAUUUACUGUUGGGCCAAGGAUGUAUGAAUUCUGCUUGAAAACAGACUCCAACCGGAUCCAAGCUGCUGAGCACAGUAUGUCCGAUUUUGCAAAAGAGGCCAGAUGCAGUAAUACAUCGGCAAAAAAGGAUGAAGAAGAACACAAUAAGGCUCUUGAAGGACAAUUGUACGGUGCAGGGAUAGCAGACUGAAGGUAAAAUAUUUUUUUAUGGACCAUUUUUAAGAUUUAUCAACUUUAAAUGCGUUUUUAAACUUUAAACGCGUUUUUCUCGAAAUCAUAUUUUCAAAAUCGGCCGGCAGUAGAACUCAAAAAGUUUUCAUCCGAUUGACUUCAAAAUUUAACUGUAGCUUCUUCGUUAGAUUAUCUAGUGAAGUACACACGAUUUUAGUGAUUGCUUCACUAGAAAAAAAGUUAUAACCCCUUAAAGUCGAUUUUUUCGUCGAAAAAUGAAUUUUUUGUUUAAACUUCUGCCAUUUCGCGAAAAAAAUUUAAAAAAUAUAAUUAUGUGUACUUCAUUAGAUAAACUCAUGUAGAUUAUGAAAAAAAUUUUUUUUUUGUUCUAGGUUGAACUGGAAGAGACUUCCACUGCCGGCCGCGGAAGGCCUUUUUAAAAAGUGAUCUGAAGGUUAUUACUAUACAGCCGCCAUUUUGUAAAUAAAUUGCAAUAAAAAAAUUUUUUUUUGUAUUUCAAAACAUGAGUAAUCAAUAGGAUUUUUUUUGUAAACCAUUCAUUUUAAAUACCUUCUCAAAAAAAAUCAUA